AUGGCUGUCAAGAUUAAAGAGGAGGUGCAAAAGCAGAUUAUUGUUGGGUUCCUUGUUACCAUUGAAUACCCUCAAUGGGUGAAUAACAUUGUACCUAUUCCAAAGAAAGAUGGAAAAGAGAUUAAAGAAAGUAUUGUUGCAGGUCAUUUAGUUCACCAGCCGAUUGAUGAUUAUCAAUCCAUCAGGUUUAACUUCCUUGAUAAAGAUGUUAUGUAUUUAAAAGUUAAAGAUUAUGAUGAGUCGUUGCCUGAAGAAGGACCAAAUUCGAGAUCCCGAUGGAGUUUAGUGUUUGAUGGAGUUGUUAAUGCUUAUGGGAAUGGAAUUAGGGCAAUCAUCAUUACUCAUAAGGGUUCUAAUAUCCUUUUUACUGCAAGAUUAAUGUUUGGUUGCACGAAAAAUAUGGAAGAAUAUGAAGCUUGUAUCAUGGGUCUUGAAGUGGUCGUUGAUUUAAGAAUUAAAAUCCUUGAUGUGUAUGGAGAUUCAGCCCUAGUGGUUAAUCAGAUUAAAGGAGAAUGGGAGAUUCGUCAUCCUGGCUUAAUUCCUUACAAAGAUUAUGCAAGGAGGCUGUCAAAUUUCUUCAAUAAAAUAGAGUUUCAUCAUAUACCUCGUGAAGAGAAUCAAAUAGAAGACGAUAUAGCUACUAUGUCUUCUAUGUACAAAGUAAAUCGUUGGAAUGAUGCACCCAGUAUCACGAUUAUGCGCCUUGAUAGACCUGCUCAUGUGUUUGCAGGAGAAGAAAUCACAGAUGAUAAGCCUUGGUAA